AUGAAACAAUAAAUGAUAGAUGAUAAAAUUAAAUUUAACCUUAUACAUGAGUUUUCAUUUUCAAUCUAAAAUGAAUAGAAUCAAUAAUGCUAAAAUUUUUUAUUUGUAAUCAAUUAAUUUUAUAUUCUUUGUCUAAAUGAUGAUUAUAUUAUAAUUAUUACUCUUGAUAUGAAAGGUAAUUAGUAAUUACAAAAGAUUUUAAUCACUAAUUCAAAAUGUUAAACUAAAUUUAAAUAUACUUUUGAUCAUUAUUAUAUAAUUUCAUUGUAUUAAUGUAUAAAAUGGGAAAUUAUUAUUCUUGAUGAAAAAAUGUUGAUAUUUAAUAGGAUUUCAAGUUCAUAGAUUCAAAGUGAAAAAAAUGAUACUUAUUAGUAUUUAUAAGACAUACAAUAUUGUUAAGAGAAACUGAUUCUAAAUUUUACAUCAAUUCAUAUUUCUUUUGACUAUUAAAAUUUGAAUACAAAUAUUAAAUAUGAAUUGUUUUACUAAAAUGAAAAUACAUAAAUGUUUAUAUGCCUAGCAUAAUCAAAAUUUUAUCUAUUAAAUUUUCCCUUAUAGUUCCAAGAAAUGAUUAUUUCUGCUACUCUCUCUUAUGAUUGGAAAGAUAUUUUCAUAUUAGGAAAUUCAAUUAUUUUGGUUUAAUACUCUGAUCAUUUAGUUGCUAUUUUAGCCAAAAAGAUUAAGUAAAUCAUUAAUAUUAACAUUAAAUAAUUAGUUCUAUUAACAGAUAAUAUUUAAUUUUUCAUCGUAGACUAAUUUAAUAAUCUUAGCUUAUUUAAAGCAGACUAAUUCUAAAUUUUGCAUUCUUAUUAAUAAAAUUAAAACUAUGUAGGAUUUUUUAGAAUAAAAUAUUUUUAAUUAUAUUUUAUCAAAUGCUUUUAAAUCAAAUAAUAUAAAAAUGAACUUUUAAAAAUACAAGAUUAAAUAAGAAAUUUAAGAAAUAAAAAUUAUCUAAUCAAAAUUGAUGAUAAUUUUGAUAAUCAAAUUUUGAUUGAUAAACUAAGCUUUAUAUUAGAAAAAAAUAUAAACUUAACUUUUUCUUUUCCAAGUUUAUUUAAAAAAAAAUAUAUUCAAGAUGAAAAUAAUGAUUAAUGUUAAUUAUUUAGAAGAAAACUUAGUAAUUUUUCAAUAUUUUAUAUCCUAAAAAGAAAUUCUAAAAACUAUAUACUUUAUAAUGAUGAAAAUCAGUCAUUAGUUAUUUAUAAUUGCAGUUCUUCUAGAUAAGUCAAAUAUAAUUUAAAAUUAGAUUUAAAUACUAUAAAAACAUAUUAUGAAGUAGAAAAUUUUCGUUUUAUUUUGAUUUAAGAAACUUUAGGAAAAAUAGUUACGUUUGGUCUCUCAAGCUAAGAAGAAAAAUCUAUAAUUUAUAAAAUUUAUUAAUUCAAAGAAUAAAUUAGAAUUUCUUGUAUCUUUUAAAAUUAAUUAAUUAUCUAACUUGUAAACUCCUCAGAAUUAUAUUUCGAAUUUUAAAAUGAAAAUCAGUUCUUGAAUUUAUCAGGCCAUCAUGAGUUUAAUUUUGACUUUUUAUUUAAUUAGAAUUUUAAUGGAGCCAUCAAAAUAUUAACUAUUAAAAAGAUACUUAUUUUUUAAUUCGAAACAUAUUUGCUUAUAUAUUAAUCAAAUUUAUUAUAUUUGAGUAUCAUAUUAAUAUUAUUUUUAGUUAUAAAUAAAAAGUUGAAUAUAUUAGGAGGAUACUUAUAUAAUAGUAAAGUUUUACAAUUAAUAUUAUUGGCAAUAGAUUAGGAAAUGAAUACAAUUCAUAAAUAUUUAAUUACUAAGUUAGAUUAUUAUUUAGUUUCAACUUUUAGCUUUAGUGAUUAUUUUCCAAUACAACCUUUGCGUUAUUAGAUAUAAUAAAGCCAUUUUAUAAUAGUAACUGUUAAAUAAGAUUAAACUUAAUUUCAUCUCUUAUUAUUCAAUUUCUUAAAUUGUUACAGUUUCAAUUAUUAUUAAAUAAUUUCUACACCUAAUGAAAACUUUUAUAUUUAAAAUGAUAACCUUUAUUAUUAUAAUAAUUAAGAAUUAAUUUCAAUAUAGCUCAAAUAUUAUUCAUUUAAUUUUUAGUUAUAAGAACUUAAUCAAAUAUUCUACAAACUAGAAUUAAAAAUAAAUAUAAAUUAUACUACAUCAUUAUAAAAUUAUAAUUAUGAAGAGAAAUUAAAUUUAUUGUUGUUUAAUUCUUAAUUUGAUUUAAAAUAAAUCAAUCAACAUAAUCGUAAAAUUCUAAUCAAGUAGGAUUAAAAUAUAAUAUAUCCAAAUUUAUAUGUUGUUGGAUAUUUUACUGAAAUAUCUUUGAUUAAUAAUAAUGCUUUUAUGAUUUAAAAUCCAUUUAAAGUUAUCAAUAGAAAUUAAUGUUAUUAUAUUUACAAUGGCAUUUGCUUAAUUUAAGAUUCUAAAAAUAUUCAACUUUACGAUUUAUCCAGCAACGCAAAAAUGGAUUAAUUUUUAAAUAUAGAUAUAAUGAUUUAGGAUUAAGCUUACAUUUUUUCGUGUAAUAAGGGAUUUAUUUUUGUAGAAUAAUUAGAUUCAGAUCUUAUAUAGAUUACAUAUUUCACUUAAAAUAUAAGAAAUAAUCAAUUUAUGGUGGGAUUGCNUAUCUUUUAAAAUUAAUUAAUUAUCUAACUUGUAAACUCCUCAGAAUUAUAUUUCGAAUUUUAAAAUGAAAAUCAGUUCUUGAAUUUAUCAGGCCAUCAUGAGUUUAAUUUUGACUUUUUAUUUAAUUAGAAUUUUAAUGGAGCCAUCAAAAUAUUAACUAUUAAAAAGAUACUUAUUUUUUAAUUCGAAACAUAUUUGCUUAUAUAUUAAUCAAAUUUAUUAUAUUUGAGUAUCAUAUUAAUAUUAUUUUUAGUUAUAAAUAAAAAGUUGAAUAUAUUAGGAGGAUACUUAUAUAAUAGUAAAGUUUUACAAUUAAUAUUAUUGGCAAUAGAUUAGGAAAUGAAUACAAUUCAUAAAUAUUUAAUUACUAAGUUAGAUUAUUAUUUAGUUUCAACUUUUAGCUUUAGUGAUUAUUUUCCAAUACAACCUUUGCGUUAUUAGAUAUAAUAAAGCCAUUUUAUAAUAGUAACUGUUAAAUAAGAUUAAACUUAAUUUCAUCUCUUAUUAUUCAAUUUCUUAAAUUGUUACAGUUUCAAUUAUUAUUAAAUAAUUUCUACACCUAAUGAAAACUUUUAUAUUUAAAAUGAUAACCUUUAUUAUUAUAAUAAUUAAGAAUUAAUUUCAAUAUAGCUCAAAUAUUAUUCAUUUAAUUUUUAGUUAUAAGAACUUAAUCAAAUAUUCUACAAACUAGAAUUAAAAAUAAAUAUAAAUUAUACUACAUCAUUAUAAAAUUAUAAUUAUGAAGAGAAAUUAAAUUUAUUGUUGUUUAAUUCUUAAUUUGAUUUAAAAUAAAUCAAUCAACAUAAUCGUAAAAUUCUAAUCAAGUAGGAUUAAAAUAUAAUAUAUCCAAAUUUAUAUGUUGUUGGAUAUUUUACUGAAAUAUCUUUGAUUAAUAAUAAUGCUUUUAUGAUUUAAAAUCCAUUUAAAGUUAUCAAUAGAAAUUAAUGUUAUUAUAUUUACAAUGGCAUUUGCUUAAUUUAAGAUUCUAAAAAUAUUCAACUUUACGAUUUAUCCAGCAACGCAAAAAUGGAUUAAUUUUUAAAUAUAGAUAUAAUGAUUUAGGAUUAAGCUUACAUUUUUUCGUGUAAUAAGGGAUUUAUUUUUGUAGAAUAAUUAGAUUCAGAUCUUAUAUAGAUUACAUAUUUCACUUAAAAUAUAAGAAAUAAUCAAUUUAUGGUGGGAUUGCUAUUUUCAGCAUCAUUAAAAUAAUCAUUGUUAAUAGUUUAAACAAAUAAUUUGACAAAUUAUUAUUUUAUAGAAGAAUAGAUUAAUUUAUUAUAUUCCUAUAAUUUUAUUGAUUAAUAAAAUAGGAAUUUCUAUUUAAAUCAAAUUGGAAGUAAUCAAGUCUGUUAAACAGCAUUUUAAUUGUUAGAAAUAAACAUAAAUUGCUUUUAAAUUUCAUAAAAUACUAUUUCACCAAUCAAAAAUUAUACAAUUUUUAUGAAGGACAUCUAUAAUUAAAUGUAAUUUUAUGAAUUUUUACCUAAUUUCUUAGAAAAGCUUGAUUUGGAAGCUUUAAAUUUAUCAAAAAUUUAGGAAAAUGAAUUAGAGUUAAUAUUUUUACUUUAUAAUUAAAAGAAUCUGAUAUUUUAUUUUUAGAUCAUAUUGAAUAAUUAUGGAUAUCAUAUUAAAAUAAAUAAUAUCAUCAGAUAUCCUUAAUAUUUUCAUAAAUGUAAUUCAUAUAUUCUAAAACACAAAUUAUUAUUUGAUUGCUCAAAUUUAUAAAUGUUUAUUUUUGACAUCUAAAAUGAAUUAUAAAUAUUAGAUUCUUAUGCAAUCUAAAUUAUCCUAAAUCAGUAAAUUGAUAUAAUUAAUAAUACUCAUAUUGCUUUAUUUGAUUAACGCAAUCUUUAUGUAGAAAUAAUUGAACUUGAUUAUUGGAGAAUAAUAAAAAAUCCUAAUGUAAGUUUGAAUGAAUAAAAAUUUCUUACAUUUUGUUUUCAAAAUCAUUUAACUAAGUUGGAAUUUUAAGUAGAGAUAAUUAAUGAAACAAAUAUUGAAUCUGAACUAAACAUAAUAGUCAUUUUAGUAAUUGCAAUAAACAAUUUAUUUGUUAUUUUGUUCAUCAAAAUUAAAAAGUUAAAACGGAAAUGA